AGCAGAGCAGAGAGCAGAGUGUCAGCAACAAAACCGGUUCGUAUCGUCUCGUACAAUAGAGAGAGAGGGGGGGGGGGCCAGUAGUCUACUCGUUGUGCUGGGUGCCAGGCUGCCAACCCACACACCCCAUCCACAUCGCACAACCUUAAGUCUCAGCCUCUGCGGGUAGUGGGAGGGCGGUGGUGCUUGGUGGUCGAUCUGUUUCAUAAUUCAUUCAUCCAGAUUCCAAACUAAAAAACCCACACAAACCAAAAUAAAACAAGAGAGGUGUGUAAUUGAGUGUGCGACUCUUUUAAAGAGACCCGCCGUGCCACUGUACCAAUGCCUUUUCAUUUCCAGCGCCGCCGCCUCCACUACUACCAUCGCUUUCGCUUUCUCCUUCCCCUCAUUUCAGCCAUCUCCGGAGCACUUCUCAUCCUCUUCGCACUUCUCUUGGUUCUCGCUCCUUCCCCUCUCGAUGUCAAUAAUCAACUACGUCAUUCUUCUAAGUUCAAUGAUGCCGUGGACGACGAUGCCGUUGCUGCAGGGCUUACAGUCUUCCGUGUUCCGAGCGGUGGAGGGAGAUUAGAUCGUGAUCUUUGGAGCUCCAGGAAUUCCAAAUUCUACUAUGGAUGCAGCAAUGCCACCAAGAAAUUUCCAGAUGUUGAUGAAAUUACGCGUCCUAAUAGGUACUUGGCGAUUGCAACCAGUGGAGGCUUGAAUCAACAAAGAACUGGGAUCACAGAUGCUGUUGUAGCAGCUCGUAUACUGAAUGCUAGUCUUGUUGUUCCAAAGUUGGACCAGAAAUCUUUCUGGAAGGAUGCAAGUAACUUUUCAGAGAUCUUUGAUGUUGAUUGGUUCAUAUCAUUUCUGUCAAAAGAUGUUAAAAUCAUAAAGCAGCUUCCAAGAAAGGGAGGUAAAAUGUGGACACCAUCCACUAUGCGUGUUCCAAGGAAGUGUAGUGAAAGAUGUUAUCAAAAUCGUGUAUUACCUGUUCUUUUGAAAAGGCAUGCCGUUCAGCUCAACAAGUUUGAUUACAGACUUGCAAACAGGUUGAAUACAGAUCUGCAAAAAUUAAGAUGUAGAGUCAACUACCAUGCUUUAAAGUUUACUGACCCAAUACAGAAAAUGGCUAAAAAGUUGGUUCAUCGAAUGAGGAUGAGAAGCAAGCAUUAUAUCGCAUUGCACCUGAGGUAUGAACCUGAUAUGCUUGCAUUCUCAGGAUGUUAUUAUGGUGGAGGAGACAAGGAAAGGAAAGAACUGGGUGCCAUACGAAAGAGGUGGAAGACUUUACAUAUUAGCAAUCCUGAUAAGCCUAGGAGGCAUGGGAGGUGUCCACUUACUCCAGAGGAAGUCGGUCUGAUGUUGAGAGCACUGGGUUAUGGCAGCGAUGUUCACAUCUAUGUGGCAUCAGGGGAAGUCUAUGGAGGAGAAGAAACAUUGGCACCCCUUAAGGCACUAUUCCCCAACUUUUAUUCAAAAGAGACAAUAGCAACCAAGGAGGAACUGGAACCGUUUUAUUCAUUUUCUUCUCGUAUGGCGGCACUUGACUUUAUAGUUUGUGAUGAGAGUGAUGUCUUUGUCACCAACAACAAUGGCAAUAUGGCCAAAAUAUUAGCCGGACGAAGGAGAUAUUUUGGACAUAAGCCUACCAUUCGUCCAAAUGCUAAAAAACUCUACCGCUUGUUCCUAAGCAAAGAGAACAUGACCUGGGGAGCUUUUGCUUCUAAUGUUCGUACUUAUCAGAGAGGCUUUAUGGGUGAGCCGAAUGAAGUGAGGCCAGGUAGGGGUGGUUUUCAUGAGAACCCAUAUACCUGCAUAUGUGAAGAUUCCCAGGCCAAAGCCAAGAGGGAUGUGGGACCUAGAAAAUACGGUAAGAGUAAUAAUAUAACAAGAAAAGACGAAGUAGAAUUUCAUGCCCAAAACAUGGAAGAUGAUCCAGAAUGGCCUGAUACUGAUGAGGAUGAAUAUGAAAGUGGCCCCUUGGACAAUGAUCUGUUAAACCGAACAGGCGUGGAUUAUGACGCUUUCAACUCCGAGGAACCUGAAUUGGAGGAGAUGCUUUCAGACUAGACGGUUCUACCUUGACCCUUGCUAAUAGUUGUCAACAGCAUUUAACUGAUUCCUAUACGCAAUUUCUUCAUAUUCCCCCCCCCUCAAAAUUUUCAAGCUGUAGCCAAGCCAAAAAGUUUUGGAUAUGGUUCCUCCUAUAUCUACUGUAUAUAAAAGUAGGAGCAUAGAUAAUGUGCAUCCUACAUAUAUGAACAGUGGCACGAAGCUCAUUUGAUAGCAGCAAACUGAUUUUGGGCUUGUGAAACACCGGGGGUUGCGAUGGUAUCUAUAAGUGACCUGAGUGGAAGAUGGAUGUUCAGAGAGUGUUAGUUUCUGAAACACCGGGGCUUGUGAAACAGGUAUGUGGGCUGAAGCGGAGACCAUGGUUGGCUUGAGCCUUGAGGCUUAUUCGUACCAAGGAUUUUUGAGCGACUCCAAGAGUUUAGUGUUAGUUUCUUUUCAAGUCACCUGAGAAAUCAUACUAAGGAUGGGGUUGGUGUCCGGGGUUUGGUUUGCAUUCUUUUAUGGAUAUUUUUACCAAAUUGAGAAACACACGGCAGUUGUAAAUAAAUUUAGACUUGACCAAUUUCUGUAUUUCUAAAAGGUCCAUUAAAAAUGUUUUGUUUUGUUGUCGCACCCUAAUCUUUUUGAAUUAUAUGUUGGAAAUGACUUCCGGGA